AUGCGGAUUUCUCGUAUACCUUCCCAUCCACGACCACGUUUCGAUACACGACUUUCACUCACAUCGGCCGGUAUGGCGACAGCAAAGUCCACUUCCUCACAGCACAAUAGAGGGUUUCAAGUUGAGCCCUACUCAAUGCAAGCGAAAAAUCGCGCAGCUGCCUGCCCAUUUCCUGGCUCCUCUGCUCUAAUUCUUAUAUCUGAAAAAGGACCUAGAGGUCUUAAAGCGUGCCAAGCAGCAGCUGCACACUGCAGGGAGUUGGCUGUGCAAGAAAUUGAAAAGCCCCAGCUAGCCUGCCUGCUUUCUUCGAUCCUUCGUUACCGCCUGUUGCAAGAUGGCGAAUGGAUUCACAGUGGCAAUAGCAGGCAGCAUAUGCUAGACUCAUGCGUCCUCGCACAGGAUCCUGGCGAGCUGCACACGCGCAGCUACGUGAACUGCCCGGCUUUCAGUUUCGGCGUUCGCGUUUCCACUGUAAAUGUUUUACCGGCAAAAGGGGGUAUCAAGGUUCACGGGCAAGUGCGCUUAAUGCCAUUUGUCUAUAGGGUGCUACCGCUAAGAAAACAUGAAGAAAGGGGCAGAGGGGUUUACUGCCUUCCCCGCCUCGCAGCGCCGGCCACGCUACAAAGCCAACAGGAAGAACCGUUCAGGAGCUCCCCUCUGAAAGCAGCUGAAGACUUCAAGACCUUCUGGCUACGUGUCUCUUUGCACGCCAAAGACCUGGUGGCGCUGAGAGCGUUCACUUGCAUUGCCGCCUGUGAAAUUCUGCACACGAGUCGUCUAACGAUUACCCUGCCCCCCGGCCUUACUCCCCGGGCUCCAACACACCUACAGGGGACUUUUUUGCCAGCGCUGCUAGUUCCGCCGGAGAGUGGCGAGUCUUCAGCAGCUCUCGAGUUGCAAACAGCUCCUACAGACGCAACCUUUGAGAAGCUGAACGAGCUAGCCAAGAGUCCACGGGAAGCAGACACUCCCGAUCGGCUGCUGCCUCCCCCAUGUCUCGUUUGCCGUGUCAAGACAGCAGAAGUUGCAAAGACGGCACCCAAGACUUCCGCGCGUCUCUCGGAGUCGCCCGGUGAUUCUCUGACGAACGUCCUAAGGACGGAAGACGAAGAAGAUUUCGAAAACAAAGCGGAAGAAGAGUACUCCAAGGGUGAAGGAACUAAGGCGACGGAAACAGAGACGCGCGUCCUACCUCCUCCAGCAACGUACGGAAGGACGAGGCUGGCGGAAGCGGCCACCCUCAACAGGCAUCGUGCAGCGCAGCAGCAGCAGCAAGCCGAUGCAUCGAUGGCAAUUCCCAAGCGCCCCGCGGAGGCUACUAAAUUACGUACGCACACUGAUAGGCCACAUGCACUGCUAACGUUUACAUCGACAGCAGGCUCUGCAGCAGCAGCAGCCGCAGCUUGCGCGGAGCUAAAACCAGCGGAGCAGUUCAGCGGCUCAGAGGCUUCCCAACGGCCAGCCGCGGGGGAAACGCACACCCACAAAAAAGGAACAGGGAUCGUUGCAAAGAAGCGUAAGGCUCAUUCGCUGCAGCCGGUACAGCGGCGAUUGCUACAAGCGCAACAAGGAAGGGCGGUAAAGCAGCCCCAGACGCUGCAGGAGAUCCUGUUGUCAGAUGAUGCAUCCCCAUCUGCGCCUACCGUUCCUGCCGUGACGGCACGUGCAGAGAAGCUGCCUCCAGCUGCCACCUGCCCUUCAAAAAAGAAAAGAAAACGCCCUGCCUUGCAGCCUUAG